AAGCAUUUAAAAAGUCAAUUUGUGUAUCCGUACUGUUUUGAACAGCCGACUUCAAUAAUUUCAGGUUAAGUUCGGAAAUUAUCGUGAUAAAUCUGUGAAACCUAAGAUCACUUGAUAUAAAUCGCCAACAACCUUACCGAACGCAACUAUAUUAAUCGACUCUUCUUUUUUUAAAAAACUCAAUUGUCAAAAAAAAAUUUUGUUUAAAAACUAAGUAUAAAACCACUAACCUAACGCUAUUAACUAUUAAGAAUAGGUGAUUGUAAUGAUUGUAAAAAUUUAAAUUUCGUCGAUAUUAUUGUCCAAAAACAGGCUUUCUGUAAAAUUACCUAACGGUUUAGUGGAUAUGGAACAGAAAGUUUUAAAGGAAGAAAUCGAUAUACAGGAAAAUUUUCUUUCGGGAGUUAAACAAGAGCCGAUUGACGAAGUUUCUACGCUUAAAAUUCAAAAUGAAAAAAAUAGUAUACAUCCAAUGAAACAAGAAAAAAAUGAUUCAAAUACAUUUGGAGUAGUUGAAAAGUUAAUGUAUGCUGCUAAAUCAAGAAGGAAUCUUAGAAACAAACUGAAAUAUUUAAAAGUUAUUCAUGGUUGGUUAUUCAAAUUAAAAAUUACAGGACAGCUUAGAAAUGACAAAUAUAUUAAACCAAUUGCAGGAGUCGUAAUAUGUGGAUCUUGUGGAAAUUUAUAUAUAAAUAGAGUCGAAUUUUUAUGCCACUUUUAUACAACUCAUUGUAUAAAAUGGAAUAAAUUAUAUAAGAUUAAAUCUCACAAUAAAAAACGAAAUAAAAUCGAAAGAAAAAUCUUCAAUACAGACUUUUGUAGAAAUCUUAAAGAUGAAAUUGAAGUUAUUGAUGAUGAAUUGAAAUUAGAGUUCCAGGAAACUAAAUGUCAAUCCAACUUUACUGAUAAUUCGAAUUUUCCAAAUGAAAAUGAUUCUAAUGAACAUUCGAAUACUCGCGGAGGAGAAAAACCAUUCAAAUGUGACAUUUGUUCAAAAUCUUUUACUAAGAAAAAAAAUUUAAACACACAUUUGCAUAGCCACGAAAAGUUAUUCAAAUGUGACAUUUGUUCAAAAUAUUUCUCACAGACAAAAUCUCUGAACAUACAUUUACGUAUUCAUCAUAAUAAAAAUCCAUUUAAAUGUCACAUUUGUUUGAAAUAUUUCUCACAGAAAAGUGUAUUGGAAAACCAUUCGCAUAUUUACCACAAUAAAAAUCAAUUCAAAUGUCACAUUUGCUUAAAAUAUUUUUCACAAAAAACUAAUUUGAAUAGACAUUUGCGUAUUCACAGAGGAGAGAAGCAAUUUAAAUGUGACGUUUGUCCAAAAACUUUUUCUCAAAAGAGCAAUUUGGAAAUGCAUUUGUGUAGUAAAGCAGAAGAGCCUUUCAAAUGUGAUGUAUGCUUGGAUACUUUUUCAAAAGGUAUUCAAUUGAUUACACAUUUGCGUAGUCACACAGAAGUGAAACUAUUCAAAUGUAACAUUUGUUCGAAAACUUUUCCACAGAAAAAUAAAUUAAAUCAACAUUCUCAUAUUCACACGGGAGAAAAGCCAUUUAAGUGUGAUGUUUGCUCAAAAACUUUCUCAAAUAACAAUAAAUUGAAUGAACAUUUUCGUAUUCAUACUGGGGAGCGGCCAUUCAAAUGUGAAAUAUGCUUCAAAACUUUUUCGAAAGGAAUCCAAUUGGUUAGACACUUGCAUAAUCACACAGGUGUGAAGCUUUUCAGAUGUGAUAUUUGCUUGAAAUCCUUUUCACAAAAACAUAAUUUGAAAGUACAUUUGCGUAGUCACACAGAGGAAAAACCUUUCAAAUGUGAUAUAUGUCUGAAAACAUUCUUAUAUAAAAGUCAGUUGAACAUACAUUAUCGUUUUCACACUGGAGAAAAACCAUACAAAUGCGACAUUUGUUGGAAAACGUUUCCAAUUAAAGGUCAUUUGAAAGUUCACAUGUACAUUCACACAGGAAAAAAUCCAUUCAAAUGUGACAUUUGUUCAAAAGAUUUUCCAAGGAAAAUCAGUUUAACCAGACAUAUGCGUACCCACACUGGAGAAAAACCAUUUAAAUGUGAUGUUUGUUCAAAAACUUUCUCGCAGAACAUUCAUUUGAAGACACAUUCUCGUAUUCACACUGGGGAAAAGCCAUUCCAAUGUGACAUUUGCUCAAAAACUUUCGCACGGAAAGGUAAAUUAAGUGCACAUUAUCAUAAUCACACCGGUAAAGAGACAUUUCAAUGUGAUGUUUGUUUAAAAACUUUCUUACAAAAAAAAAGUUUGAAUAAACAUUUUAACAGUCACAACAUUAAACUGACAUAUUACAACCAAAGUCUUCCUAGAAGAUUAUUCAGUGUUUUAUUGGACAUGGAUCAAAAAGUUAUUAAGGAAGAAACCGAUAUUCACGAUGAUUUUAUUUGGAAUAUGAAUGUUAAACAAGAGCCGUUUGACGAGGAGCUAAAAGCUCAGAAUGACAAAAAUAGCAUGUAUCCAAUCAAACAAGAAAUAAAUAAUGAUUCCAAUACAUUUGGAACAGUUGAGAAGUUUAUUUUUGAUGUCAAAUCAGAAAGGAAUAUUUUCAAAAUACGGGAUAUUAAAAACAAACUCAAAUAUUUGAAAGUUAUUCAUGGAAAGCUUGGCAGAUCAAAAAUUACAGGACUGCUAAGAAGUGAAAAAUAUAUUAAAUCAAUUGCAGGAAUAAUAUUAUGUGGAUCUUGUGGAAAUUUAUAUAUAAAAGGAGUCGAAUUUUUAUGCCACUUUUAUACAAAUCAUCGUAUAAAAGGAAAUAAAUUAUUCAAGAUUAAAUCUCAUAAUAACAAAAAUCUAAAGAAUGAUAUUGAAGCUGUUGAAAAUGAAUUGAAAUCAAAGUUGCAGGAAACUAAAUGUCAGUUAAAUAUUACUAAUAAUUUGAAUUCUAAUGAACAUUUGCAUAAUUACUCAGGAGAAAAUCAAUUCAAAUGUGACGUUUGUUCAAAAACUUUUUCACGGAAAAAUAAUUUGAAUAGACAUUUGCGUAAUCACACUGGAGAAAAGCCAUUCCAAUGUGAUAUUUGUUUGAAAACUUUUGCAUAUAAAAGUGAAUUGAAUACACAUUCUCGUUUCCACACAGGUGAAAAGCCAUUUCAAUGUGAUAUUUGUUCUAAAUCUUUUUCACUGAAAAAUAAAUUAAAUCAACAUUCUCGUAUCCACACAGGAGAAAAGCCAUUCAAAUGUAAUAUUUGUUCAAAACUUUUCUCGAGGAAAAAUAAUUUGAAACGACAUUUGCGUAGUCAUACUGGCGAAAAACCAUUUCAGUGUGAUAUUUGUUCAAAAACUUUUUCUUAUAAAAGUGAAUUUGAUACGCAUUUUCGUGUCCACACGGGAGAAAAGCCGUUUGGUUGUGACAUCUGUUCGAAAUCGUUUUCACAGAAAGAUAAAUUAAAUACACAUUAUCGUAUUCACACUGGAGAAAAACCGUUUAAAUGUGACAUUUGUUCAAAAACUUUUUCACAUAAAUGUAAUUUGAACACACAUUUCAGAACCCAUACAAAAGAAAAACCAUUCAAAUUAUAUAAAUUUGUUGAUUCUAAACUCACUUAAAAGAAUUAACAUUCAAUAGUAAACUUAACAAACGAAUGAACGACCAUUUUGUAUCAUUUUAAUAAGGAACUCUUCAAAAGUAGACCAAAACCCGUCUCAACGUUAUUUUAAAUCAAAUAUCACAUUUUAAAGGAAUAAUUUAUUUCUUGUAUUUUACAUAACUUUGUAAUAAAUUUCUUUUCAACAGUGUUUUAUCAAAUAAAUAUUUAUAAAUAACGAUAUGUACAUAAAUAAAUA